UAUGACAUGGGUCUAGAGCUUUCAAGGGGGCUUCAAUGGGCCUAUUUGGCAAAUUAUUGCUUUCAUUGAACCAUAUUACAGCUUCACAGACAUACAUUUUCGUGCUCCCUGGAGUUGGUGUGUACCAUUGGACAUACAUCGAGAACAGAUCUAACAUGUUGUUUUGAUGAAGUGCAAUACAAGCUAAUUUGCUCUCAGGAGGAAAAACUAAAGUGAAGAGAGGAGAGCCGUAAAGUGUGUAGUGACGUAGGACAGUCUAUGCGAUCGCAUGCUGGAGUUUGUACUAUUUGCCUAUGGAGGCUGGGAGAGCAGUACCGCAAACAAAAUAUUUCAAAUUCUAAAAGCAGCCGGUCGAACUGCAGUGAAGUGGAAUUGGAGCUGAAACACCCCAAGCGCGAGAAAGACUGUGGCCCGCCACUGCGUUAAGAGGAUACCGGUAUAGUUUUGUCAAACACAUCAUAUUAGGCGAUUUCUGAAGCUGAGCCUGCGAAGCACUCUUCCCUUUUCACUUUUUGGAGCGCAGUGGGCAGAUUUAAUUAAUGCUGUGGUGUAUGUUGACUAGAUAUUAUAAGUUAAAUGGUAUUUUGGAGACCUUAGCAUUGAGAAAAUAAAUAUUGGAGGACCUGACCAGUCGCACAUCGAACAAAAAAAACAAUACAUGAGAGGACUGUUAUGAAGAGGGAUUGAAAAAGGACGACGCAAAAGGCUGUAACGCUUUGAAGUUGGCGAGACCCGACCGACAUCAAUCUCUGACCGAAUUUCAAUAGGCCCACGGAAUUAAUUAUUGGAUACUUCGGACGAAACCUCUAAUGUUCGUUUUAUGUACAUGGAGAACAGUAGAUAUUUACAUGUAGGCUAUUAUUAAAAUCAAGCUAAACGCAGUACCCUGGAAAGUCCAUUCACAGGGAUAUAUAGCGGUGUAAUACAGAAGGAAAUAGACUACUACGGAUCAACAUUAUACAAAAAAAUAUUUCCGAAGAGACGUUUGAAUUUCCUCUGAAAUGGACUGACAUCGAUUAACACCAAACAUAUCUCGUUAAGAUAAUGACCGGCAAUUUAUAGGCUGUGUUAUAAAAUAAAUGAACAUUUACUUAAACACUUUAUUGGGACUUCAUAUUUGAGAAAAUGCAUAACGAUAAGUAACUGUUGGUUGUUCAUGUGGGCAAGAUUCAUUCUGAAAGCGGUGUGAUAUCCUCUCUUGUGAGAAUUGAGUGUCCCUAAUCCGGUACCGGAGGCAUCUCGUGGUAACUGCGGGAAGGCAGGAGUGCAGUUUGGAGAUAUCAGCAAAUAAACACACAGAAAAAUGUGGCUGCGAAUUCUUCCCCAGGUGUUGACCAUCUGGGCAGUGGUGAUGUCCGGGACAACGGCUGACCUGACCUGUGAUACACUGCUCCUGCUGUCCACCAAUCUCACUGCACGUACGUUGGCACUGUGGAAUCUGACCCUCACGCCCAGCAAUGUCACUGCCGGCCUGUUCUGUAACAUGUCCAUCGAUCCCAUCGGUACCUGCUGGCCCAAGAGCACUGCAGGGGAGUGGGUGUCACGGCCAUGUCCAGAGAUGUUCUAUGGUGUCAAAUACAACACCACCAACAAUGUGUACAGAGAAUGCCUUUCCAACGGGUCCUGGGCAGUGAAAGGCAACUACACCCAGUGUCAAGAGAUUCUCAAUGAGAAAAAGAGCAAGCUGCACUACCACAUAGCGGUGAUCAUAAACUACAUGGGACAUUGUAUCUCUCUGGCAGCCCUGCUGGUGGCCUUCAUCCUCUUUAUGAGGCUGAGGAGUAUCCGCUGCUUGAGGAACAUCAUCCACUGGAACCUGAUCACAGCUUUCAUCCUGAGGAACGCCACUUGGUUCGUCGUACAGCUUACCAUGAACCCUGAGGUGCACGAGAGCAAUGUGUUGUGGUGCCGGCUUGUCACGGCAGCCUAUAACUAUUUCCACGUGACAAACUUCUUCUGGAUGUUUGGGGAGGGCUGCUACCUGCAUACAGCCAUCGUGCUCACCUACUCUACGGACAAGCUACGCAAGUGGAUGUUCAUCUGCAUCGGGUGGUGUAUCCCUCUUCCAAUCAUCAUCGCAUGGGCCAUUGGCAAGCUUUACUACGACAACGAAAAGUGCUGGUUUGGGAAGAAGGCAGGAGUGUACACAGAUUACAUCUACCAGGGCCCAAUGAUCCUGGUGUUGCUGAUCAACUUUAUAUUCCUCUUCAACAUUGUGAGAAUCCUAAUGACCAAGCUGAGAGCCUCCACAACCUCAGAGACAAUACAGUACAGGAAAGCAGUGAAGGCCACUCUGGUGCUGCUGCCUCUCCUGGGCAUCACCUACAUGCUAUUUUUCGUCAACCCGGGAGGGGAGGAUGAGGUCGCCCAAAUAGUCUUCAUCUACUUCAACUCCAUCCUGGAGUCUUUUCAGGGCUUUUUCGUGUCAGUGUUUUAUUGCUUCCUGAACAGCGAGGUGCGUUCUGCAGUUAGAAAGAGAUGGCACCGCUGGCAGGACAAGCAUUCAAUCAGGGCUAGGGUGGCGCGCGCCAUGUCCAUCCCCACGUCUCCCACGCGGGUCAGCUUCCACAGCAUCAAGCAGUCCUCGGCUGUUUGAGGACCAGCAACACUCUGCUUUGGCUGAACGCCCCUGUCUAACCUCUCACCGCCAACCACCCCUCCAACAUGUCCCCCACAGAGCACCGCUUUCCCCUCUUCUCUCCAAACCAACCGAGGGAACAGCUACCGUGAUGGUUCACACAGGGUACACUUGGUCUGUAAACACAGACCUCACAUACCCCCUCCCAGGGUGCGGUGACCUCUGUAGUCUCUCGCCUGCUAAUACAUUGAGGUACGUUCGCUCAGUGCAUUCCCUCUGGAAGCUACAGACGGUCAGGAUGACAAUGGCCAAGCUAAGUAAUGUCAAGAGCUGACUUUUUGCCAAAAGGCAGCACAGGGAAUUGGUACAAUCCCUGUGGUGUUGGAGGAUUCAGCUGAGAGGUGACUUUUGAAAUCACUUUUAAAAUCACAUUUGUCAGUAAGUCCAGUGUUCUCUUAUUGAUUUUUAUUCUGCAAAAUCCAGAAAGUGGGAAGAAAAUGGUACUGGGGCAUGUGCCAAAUAGAUUAUCCCUGUUGGACUAACUGACCUGUUCAAGAUCAUUGACACAAACAAUUUGAUUCUUGUUCCUUUGCAUGUUUUUAUUUCCUGUGGAGCAAUUUUUGAACUUUGAGCUGGCUGUGCUUUCUGGCGCUGCAUCAUAAAGCGAAUGACCGCCAUGGACCAUUCAUUUCAUGUCUGUCCAGACUACUGUCUCUAGUAAACAUUCUCCCAUUCCUUCCUUCUGUUUUUCUGAUUAAUUAUUAUCUUCACAGAGACCAUGUUCUGAUGUGAAAUCUUAGGCCACCAUUGGAGAUGGAUGCCUUCCCCAUUAUCCUUACAACAACAACCAAGACAUUGUGCAAGUGGGAAAAAAAGUGAUGUGACAUCCAACACUGUUACUAAUGGGAAUGAACUGUGAAAAUUGGGUACACACCGUCAAAUCUACCUAGAGGACAAAACAGUUGUGCUUGUGUUGCCCAGUUCUUUCAGGAAGUAAGUAUUUAGCAUAACUCUCCUCAAACUGUGAGGACUUCUUCUCCUCCCUUUCAUGCCUCUUAGCCUUUUCCUGGGACUCAAACAUAAAGUUGGCUUAGAUAUAGUCAGACCUGGGGGGGUGGGGGGGGGGUGAAGGAUGAGCAGCAGUUUAACAUCAAUAAGGCAUUUCACGCCUGGUAAGGUUUUUUUGAGGAUCAAGCAAAUACAAACACACACAUAUGGAGAGGACUUAUCAUAGGCUACAGUAUGAAACAUAACUGAAUAUAUUUUGUCUGUUGCGUGAGGUUGUAAAAGGUGUUCAUUUUCAACCGAAUAAGCACUCCUUUAUAAAAAGCACUUUUAUUUAUUUCAAAUUCCAAAAUUACCAGGACUUUAAUAAUAAGAUAACGUCCACUUUAGUAUAUCGUUGUUGAAAGCUGGAUUGGGAGAAAUGCCAAUUAUUGAUAUAAUUUUUUGGGGCUAGCCAUGUUAAGGUCUGAGAGGAACGUGGAUGUUUUUGGAUGCUUCAUCUCUGCAACUUGCAAAACUUAUCGAUACUAAAUCUUCAGACUAAAUCAUUUUGUUCUUCAAACUCUUUCUUGCCAUCAAACAGGUUAUAUGUUACAUUGCUAUUGUGUCAUAGAAGGUACCCAAUGGGCACACACACUGGUUGAAUCAACAUUGUUUCCACAUCAUUUCAACAAAAUUACAUUGAACCAACAUGGAAUAGACAUUGAAUUGACGCCUGUACCCAGUGGGUACUGACAAUACUUUGCUGAAAUUCUGCAAAUCCUUUCAAAUUGAACCACCCAUUAUGAAGGACCAUAACACAUCUGAUCAUCAUUCCAAUUCCAGAACAUUUAUCAGAUAUUGUCAUGCACAUAGCACAACUUUUUAUUUUUGAAUGACACAUGAAUAAGUCAAAGUAACUAGGAAAAGAUUGACACUGUCUGGCAGAUGAUUGAGUGAAUGCUGACUUCUUGUGGUUUGUUCUGACAAAGGGGAAUAUAGUUAUGCAUCUUCAGAUAGACGUUGUCUAGACAGGACCAGUCUCAAAUGUUUUGCAGUAGGAUUCCCCCCUCGCUCUCUCUCUCUCGCUGAAAAAUAUUGUAAUUAUGAGUACAAAAGCCAAAAUAAUUCACAAUCAUCAGCUCCCCAAAAGUUCCCUUAUUUUUGUUGUUCUGUACAUUGGCUAAUGUGGGAGCCCUCCCAAAAAAGCUUGUGAGCUUGAAGCUUGAAUCUCUGGGCUCAGAGAACCAGUUGGCUUCCACACACUACCCCACACAGCAUAGGAUGAAACCAAUUAAGACCAAAGUUUUACUUGGUGUUGUUAAGAUCGCUCACCCCAGUAGGUAGAGCUGUGAGAGGACUGUGAGAGUUAUAAUGGCCUCACCCACAAUGACUUCUCAUCUGCCUCUCUCUCUCUUGCAUGUGGUCUGCUAAUUAGCGUGGUCUGCUCAUUAGCUCUAUCUGCAGGGAAGUCACAGCUAGUUUGACUGAAAGCUGAGAGCAAGGGACAAUUCAGGAAAGAGAGAAUAGUACCAAAGCCUGUAUCCUGACACAGUUCCCUGCUGUGCAGCAUCUCUAUGAAUGAGCGAGUGAAUGGAAGAACUGAGAAUUUAAUGAAAAGGGCUUUUGUGGUAUAGAUAGAGGCAGGGAUAGGAACUGGGACUUGCUGGGAUGACUUCAAAUGUUCCCCCGGGCAUAGCCACAUGAAAUAGGGGUAUUGAGGUUGCUGCAGCACCCCUGAUAAAUCUACAUUUAAAAAAGUAUAACGGUGAAAGCACCCUCACUCCAAAACAUCUUCCUGCGUCCACGCCCCCAGGCCAUAGUUCACAACCAGGGACCAGAAAGAGGGAUUGUUUUGAUGUUUUUCUUUAGGCUUUGAAAGGCAUAAAGUGCUGUAUUUGUUCAUACAGACUUUUGUGCUUAUUUGGAACACAAUUAUAAACAGUAUUUAAAAAAAACUGGUUGAAUCGUCAUUUCAACCCAAAAAUUCAAUGUGAUGUUUAAUCAACGUGGGAAACUGAUUGGAUUUUUAAAUUGAUGGGAUUUUGGUCUUUUUCUCACCCAAUCAAAUGACAGGGUGGCAUUUUUGGUGGAUUUCACGUUGAAUUCACGUUAGUUGACAACUCAACCAAAUGAAUAUUAAAACUAGACAUUGAAGUGACUUCUGUGCCCAGUGGGUAUUCAGUUGAAAUGCAUCCUGAAGCGCUAACUGACAUUUAAACAUCAAAAGAAAACAAACUGCUGUGUUUAUUUUUCAAAGUCAAACAAAGCCAAUCCUCUGUUGCCAGAUAUGUCUAUAGACAACAAAAAUGGUUUGAUCUGAAUCUUUUUUUCCUCCCGGUCCCUUUUGAUCAUUAGCAUAAAGCAGUCAGAAUAAAAUAUGUGAUUUCAUUGGCAAUGUUUACAGAUCGCUUUAAGUAAUAGUUCUAGAACGUAUUGUCAAGCAGAUGUAACCUAAUCGCUGACAGAAACUUUCACAAGAAUCACAGAUGUGGCUUCAUCUAUGUCUGCUGAAGGCAGGCUGAUUUAUUUUUCAUGGGGAAAAUGUGAUAAAACUACUGUCCAACCCCAUCUAACAGAGCACAGUUUAUUCCACAAUCCCAUUGUUUAUGUACCUGUCAUGCUGUUUAACAAAUGAGAGAGAGAGAGCGAGAGAGAGAGAGAGAAUGUCUGGCAGUUGAUAUGUCAAAACGAACUCUUCGCUCACCCAGCCAGCGAUGCUACUGCCCUCCAACACACACCAUGUAUUCCUCAACAGCCAGGAUACAUGGCGAUAUUACAUUCAUGAGAUUAGAGGUUAGCCUGGAAUGGAAUUGCCAAUGUAUGAUAGUGUUAUGCAUUCCAAUUCCAGGUACCUGCCUCUGUCAUGAAAAUAUGUUCUCUCUUAACCAAAAUGAUUUACCCUGGAAUUCCAAAGCCAGUUGGUUCUCUGUUAUAAUGUUACAAGAACCCUGUUCUAUAUCACUGCUACCAGAUUUCCGAGACUUGUAUUCCAAACACUGAAUGUAAUUCUAUUUUGAUCACAUAUUCCAGGUAUCAUAACCAA